CCGCGCCCGCCAAUCGGCGUCACUCUCCGCGCCGGGACUACAUUUCCCGGCGUGCCCCGCGGCUCCCGGCGGGCGGGCGAUGGAGGAGCAGCUGAGGAGACGCCGCGCUCGGUACAAGGGCCCGGCCGCGCCGCCAUGGAAGGAGACGUACCGCCGGCGCUGCAUGGAGCGGCUGAGGAGCAGCCGGGCGAAGCUGCUGGACCGGUACCGACAGGCCGGGGACAGAGAGUGCGGCCCCGGCGCGCUGCUGGUGCAGGAGGUGAUGGAGCAGGAGUGGCAGCGGCUGCAGGAGGGGCUGCUGGGCGGCCCGGGAGAGGAGGCGCUCAGCCAGAUGCCAGAGGAGCCCGAUGAACUAGCAGUGCUGGAAGAGAUCCAACAAGAACUGAUCUUGCAAGAACAGUUGGUUAUAGAAGAGUACGAGCGGAGCCUGCAGUUUGAUGAAGAAUGUCUCAACGCGAUGCUUGAUGGCUUGGAUGCCAGCGACAAGGUCAUCUGCCCGGUGUGUAGAAAGAAUAACCUGACUGUGAGGAAUCACGCCGUUUUUUGCCAGUGUGGGUUAUACAUCAGCACACAGGGUAUGACAGAAGAGAAGCUACAGGCACUUCUAGAACACACUCUAACGGAGCACAGUCACAGGUGCUUUCACAACCCCGAGUUCACAGUGACCAGUGGGAUGGAGGAAGAAGCCAGUCUGCUCAUGAGCUGCCCGGUCUGUGACUCCUGGACAAUUCUCCUAUAAGCUGAUUCGGCUGCUGCUUUUUUACUGGAAGGACUUCAAGACUAACAAUCCACCCAGAGCUGCUACUAUUUUUAUGUAUAUACUUGUAACUGCUGUGUCAAAAAUAUAUUUGAAAAGGCAGUAGUGUUGCCUUGAUCCGCACUUUUAAUGGCACAGUAUAUGUUUUGAAAUAAAUAACACUUAUUUCA